AUGGUUGUCCUAGCAGCAUCGAUAUGCACGCGCGGCGGCAAGGCCGUUCUCUCGCGCCAGUUCCGUGAGAUGCAGCGCUCCCGCAUUGAGGCUCUUCUGGCUUCUUUCCCCAAGCUCGCCGACUCGGGAACCCAACACACCACCGUCGAGCAGGACAACGUCCGCUACGUCUACCAACCCCUUGACGAGCUCUACAUGGUCUUGAUCACGAACCGCCAGUCCAAUAUUCUCCAGGACAUCGACUCGCUCCACCUGUUUGCCCAGGUUGUGUCCAGCAUAUGCAAGAGCCUCGACGAGCGCGAGAUCCUGCGCAAUGCCUUCGAGCUGCUCAGCGCCUUCGACGAGCUCGUCACCCUCGGAUACAGGGAGAACCUGACAUUGAGCCAGAUCAAGACUUUCUUGGACAUGGAGUCUCACGAGGAGCGGAUCCAGGAGAUUAUUGCUCGCAACAAGGAGCUCGAGGCCAGCGAGGAGCGCAAGCGGAAGGCCAAGCAACUGGAGAUGCAGCGCAAGGAGAUGUCCCGUACAGGUCGUGCUGGUGGUGUCCCUCGUACUCCCUCGUACCCCACCUAUACGCCCAGCGUCCCCACCACCGUGCCCGAUACCUACGACAGCUACAAUGCGGCCAAGAACGAGACCAAGAAGCCUAUGGCGGUCAGAGGCAAGGGCAUGCAGCUGGGCAAGAAGUCGAAGACCACCAAUAUGUUCGACGCUGUUCGCGCCGAUCUGGGCGCGGAUGCCGAAGCGUCGGCGCCUUUGGUUUCCAGCACUCCCACGCCUGCUACCGCUCCCUCGGCGCCUGCGCGCGCAUCUCUUUCAGGUGACCGUGAGAGCGUCCACAUCACUCUUGCCGAGACCAUUACCGCUAGGCUCAGCAAAGAAGGGUCGCUUGAGCACUUCGAAAUCAAGGGCGAUCUGCAGUUGCGCAUUAGCGACUCAGCGCUUACCCAGGUCAGGUUGGACCUUGACAUGGGUAACACCCGCGGAGCCCAGCUCUCCGCGCAUCCUAAGGUCGACAAGCCCUCGUUCCGGAACGACAAGAUCAUUCAAUUGGCGGACGCAUCCAAAGGCUUCCCUGUGAAUAUGGCGGUUGGUGUUCUGAAGUGGAGGUUGGCUGCGAAGCCCGGCGAGAUCGAUGACCCGCCGAUCAACUUCACGGUGUGGGUCAGCGAAGCGGAAAACAACACGUGGAGCGUUACCAUCGAGUAUGAAUUGACCGGUGGGGACACGCUGAAGGAUGUCACCGUGACGAUCCCGUAUAGCACAAGCGAGCCGUCGGUGUCGAGUUUCGACGCAGUAUACGAGGUUUCGGGAGAUAGUCUGGAAUGGAACAUCGGCACGGUGGACGCUGAUAACUCAACUGGAAGCUUCGAAUUUGAGGCCCAAGCCGACAGCGAUGCUGAGUUCUUCCCCAUGAGGGUACACUUCGCCAAAUCGAAGCCAUUCGUGGAAAUCGACGUCUCGACUGUCACCCUGCUGAACGAGAACCAGGACAUCUCCUUCUCCAAGGACAUCAAGUCGGUUGCAGAGAACUACGAGGUCGUUUAA